AUGAUAUUUCGUUUUCUAUAUAUUUUAGGUUCUGUCGAAGUCGAACAAAAAAAAGAAAUGGUGGUACAUGCGGCACAUUCUGAUUUGUGUAAGACAGAUGUUGAAACGUUGAAAGAUGAAUUGCGCCGUCGGAAUAUGCCGUCUGCACACAUAUUGAAUACCACUUAUCAGCAGGUUCCCGAUGUUAACCGAUCAUUGACCUCACCAUGUUCACCUCCCGAUCAGCGUUCACCUCAGUCAACGCUUGAUAAUAAGCUACUCCCAACUCCACCUGCCUAUACACCCUCUCCGUUAAGCACUGUGGCAGCAGCAGCUGCAGCCGGAAAUUUUCCGGCAGCGAUUGCUGCUUUAGCUGCUACACAAACUGCAAAUCCAUUUCUUCUUGCUGCUGCAUUAGGAUUACAACAGCCACAAAAUGCAUCUUCGACACUUCCAUGGAUCAGUAAUGCACAGUCAUUCACAGCGAUGUUGCCUUAUUUUCAGCAUUUGCAGGCACAAGUGCAACAGCAAGCACAAGCACAGGUUGCAUUAGCGCAGCAGAUAGCAGCACAACAAGCUGCAAAUCUGCACCAACAAUUCAAAACGGUCGCAGCAGCUGCAGCUGCUGCUCAUACUUCACUAUUAUCCCAACAACAGCAGCAACAUCAGCAACAAACUCAGCUGCAUUCACAGUGGUUGUCUCCUCCACCGUCUGUUCCUCCUCAAAUUUCUGCCACAAAACAAACAACGACCUGUCCGUCACCAUUACUUCCAUCAGGUGCUGAAUUAACGUCUUCACUAUUAGAGUUUACCGAAUUGAGUCCACGACUUCAUCCUGAACCACAGCCACCCUCACCUCCAGCAUCAUCCAGUUCAUCGUUGUACAAUGAUGAAAAACAGCAACAGCUGCAGCAGCAACAGUUUCUGUUCGAUGAAGAUCUUAUGAUCGAUUCAUUGAUGGAGGAGCGAAAAGAUUUAUCUGAGAAAGAAAGCAUCGCUGUCGCUGUUUUAGCCGGUAUGGCUGCAUGUCAACGAUAG